CAUUGACAAAAGCUCAUUCAGUAUUUGAGGAGUCGAAGUGUGGUCAGUUAAGCCAACCGGAGAAAGGAGAAUUGGAGUGUAGGAAUAAACACAUUAGCUCAUCAGUGAGCAGAGACUUCGUGUUGAUUUUCUCUGGAAUUUAUGAACAUUCCGUUUUCGCAAUAGACUCAGAGAACACACAAAGACCUGCGGGAAAGAACAGGCUGACCUCAGCAAGAUCCCCUCUGGGAAGCACAGAGGACAAGGCACCAUGGAUGGAUUCUAUGACCAACAAGUCCCCUUUUUGCCCUCCAGUGUAAGUGAGACCUCUUCUGUGGAGGAGAUGUGCUGCAGACCAAUCAGUGAUAGAAAAAGAAAGUGUGUAGACAUUGACCUCGCUCAGGACACAGAGGAGCUCUUCCAGGACCUGAGUCAGCUGCAGGAAGUGUGGAUCGCAGAAGCCCUGGUGCCUGAUGACGAACAGUUUGUCCCAGAUUUCCAGUUGGAGAACCCAGUUCUGCAUGGUCCCCCGUCCACCAAGAUCAAGCGAGAGCUGAGCCCCUCAGAUGACCUGUCCCCCUGUGGGCGGGACCAGGCAUCCACACCCUUUGGAGAGAUGUGUCUCUACAGUUACAGUGCCUAUGACACAAAACCAGCCAUUGGGUUUAGGCCAUUGGCUUCACCCUCCACACCUGGCUUGACACCUGGCCCCUCCCACAUGGCAGGCAUGCACCCACUCCAUGACCGGACCCCUCCCACGGGUCUUGCCCAGCCCCUGGCACAUUGUCCCCUCCACAGGUUGAAUGAGGCUCCAACCUCUGGGAACAGCCAGAGGGCCCUCCCCCCAAACAGCAAGACCCCGUCCUUUGCAGUGCCCUGCCCACCACUCAGUCGCCUAGCUACAGCCUAUAGAAAUGAGCACAGGUUCCACAGACAACUCUCAGAGCCCUGUCUGGCAUACCCUCCCUCCGAGACACCGAGGUGCUCCGCCUUCUCGACGCAGGCACCGCCCCACGCUGCGGCCCGUGAUGGCCGACCACCCUAUCAUCGCCAAAUGUCAGAGCCCCUUGUGCCCGUGCCCCCCAGAGGGUUUAAACAGGAGCUGCUGGAGCCCUGCCAUGCCAAGCAGAAUGCCCCUAUCAUGGCCCCUCCCCACACUGCCUUCCAUCCCCCGCACAUCAAACAGGAGCCCCAGGAGUUCUACUUUGACUCGGAAGUGCCCAAUUGUCAAUCUUCAUUUGGGAGAGCUGCCAACUUCUACCAGAGCAGCCACAACCGUUUUGGCUUUGACAGAGAGUCUCCCCCCUACUAUGACGACGCCAGUGUGGUUCCUGAGAAGCUGGAAGUGAAAGUGAAGCAGGAGCCUGGUGUGUACCGUGACAGCGCCCCCUUCCAGCGGCGGGGCUCUCUGCAGCUCUGGCAGUUCCUGGUCACUCUGCUGGACGACCCCACUAAUGGCCAUUGUAUCACCUGGACUGGCCGAGGCAUGGAGUUCAAACUCAUUGAUCCAGAGGAGGUGGCCCGUCGUUGGGGGCUGCAGAAGAACCGGCCAGCCAUGAACUACGAUAAGCUGAGUCGCUCCCUGCGCUACUACUAUGAGAAGGGCAUUAUGCAGAAGGUGGCUGGGGAGAGGUAUGUCUAUAAGUUUGUGUGCGAGCCGGAGGCGCUCAUCUCUAUGACGCUCGCUGACAGCCAGAAACCCAGAAUGAAGCCUGACCCCGACGCUGUACCCAGCGAGGACAACACCCUUCCCCUCGCCCGCUACGACGACAGUGCCCCCUUUCUGCCAGACGCCAGGGAGCAGUUCCUCACAGGACUCUCAUUCCCUGAUGGCUAUGUGUACUGACACCACCCUCCAGACAGGGAGACCCGAUGCCCUGUGUUGUCUCCUAUCCCCUAAACCCAAGAGCAGCUCCCAGAUUUACACAUGGGACCAAGGAGGUAGUGACAGACUGGGCGCCAAUAGCUCUACUUCCUGCUGGAAAAGGGAGGGAGUGGUCUCUGUUGCUAUGGGGAACGGAGGUGAGGGGCUUCAGAGGGCUGGUUCUUACAGCACUGGAAGUCUGACACUUUGCUGUGUGGACAGCAAGAACUGUAGCUAACUAUCUGUACUGACAAUCUCUUUCUUAAAAAAUUGAGCUUAUAAAAUGAGAAUCUUAGAAAAAAUUCAGUGCUAUUCUAUAGUUGCCGUUUUGGUCACCAGUUAUUUUUGAUUCUUCUUUACAGAAAACAAUAUAAAACGAAUUAGACGAAACCGAAAUUUAAAAAAGGGCUUUAUUUAGCAAAAAAAAAUUAAAAAUAAUAAUUUUGAUCUGUAUAUUCCUUUGUUGAGGAACUGAUCUGCAAAAGUGUAUUUACUGUAAAUAUGGCUUGUAUGUAAUGAAACCUUUGUGUGGGUUAUACCACUCCACCAGAACAUGCUUUUAUGUAUGAGCUGUAAUGUACUGGGGCUUUUAAUUUCAUCUGUAAUUAUAUUGUAUUUUCUCACUCCAGUUAUUACUAAACGUAGGUUUUUUAAGGAACCUGAAAACCACAUGCUAAGCUAUCCUUUUUAAUCUCGAUAUAUUGUACUACAUUACAGCAUGACCACCCCCCCACCCCCAGACACACGUUUCAGCUUCACUCAAAGCAUGACGCUCCAUUUCAUAAGCUGUAAGCUCUCAAAUUUACACUGUCUGAAGCAACAUCAGAGCAUGAAUCUUCACCUCCUGAACUGUCAACUUGGCUGAAGUCACACCCUCUAAAGCUCAAUGGGAUUUUUUUCUUAGACUGUUCUCCACACAGAUCCAAUGCAGGUAUUGGCACUACACCUCUAUGGCCGUUAGAGGGCGCUGCAACAGUCUGUUUCUUGAUUCUUUUCAGCUCUUGAGUAACGAAACUCAAGAGGGAUGUUUAUGAGAAAUGCUAAGGUAUAGAUUAUGAAAAACUUUUUGUGUUUUGUAGGAAAAUUUUAUUCUGUAUUUGGAGUAGUGUUUGACUGUACUCCAGAGGGGUGGAGCAGUGCAUGCUGAAUGACCCCCCCACAGCUCCACCCCCCUGCUGCCCUCUGCAUGGUGCAUUCACACCAGCAGCAGCCUGUCUGCUCACUGUCCUGCAGAAAAACUAUCAUUCGUUUUCAGGACAAAGUCAAACUGAUUUUUCUCCUCCCCAAUGUCUGCAUUGCUUUGAUUGUAUAUUCUGGAUAAUUCUGCCUCUUAUAGAUGCAUCUUUUCAUCUCGCCCCAUACGAUUACAGGAAAGUGACAAUAAUUACAGCUUCUGCUGAGUGAAGGGUGGGGCCUUGCUUGAAGUAUUGUAUGUUGAUGGGCAUCACCUGUGGUUGAAAGAUGCAUAUUGUAUGAACUCCAGAUUGAAUGAAAGUCUGUGGCAUGCCUCACCCUUCAUAAGGAGCAAUGAACUCUGCUGAGUUUCCUGUACUGCAUACAAUAAACUCUCCCCUCUGCUUCA